AUGAGGCGUAAAGGCCGACUGCCCGACUCUUUCACAUUCCCCUUUGCUCUCAAAGUCUCUGCUGACCUGUUCGACUCGAGAAAGGGUCAAGAAAUCCAUUGCCUUGCUCUGAAGACGGGCCAUGCCUCAGCCUUUUACCUUCAGACAAAUCUUGCUUUGUUUUACGCGAGUUGUGGGGAGAUGAAAUCUGCACAUCAAGUAUUUGAGGAAAUGCCUAAGAGUGACGCCAUCGCAUGGAAUGUCAUGAUAACUGGUUGUUUGCGAAGUGGGUGCUUCGUAGAGGCAGUGAACUUAUACAGUCGUAUGAAAUUGGAGGGGUGUCGGGCGGAUGGGCACACUCUUGUGAGCAUCGGUUCUGCUUGUGCUAAUAUCGGUGCUAUCGGCUUUGGAAAAUAUGUUCACGGAUAUGCCUGUAAGCUUGGGCUCACGGUGGUGGUUCCUCUUCUCAAUGCGUUGGUUGACAUGUAUGGUAAGUGCGGUUGUUUAGUGGAUGCACACGCCUUGUUCGAUGAGGUGUCCGAGAGAACGUUGGUGUCGUGGAGCAUCAUGAUGAAUGUCUAUGCUAUUCAAGGCCGUGCAAGUGAUGUGUUUGAUGCUUUUUCGGGCAUGAAGAAGCAGGGUUUCUCGCCGGAUGAGAUAGUUUUCACUAGCGUGUUGUGUGCGUGCAGUCAUGCGGGCUUGUUGGAGGAAGGCAAAAGGUGGUUUAGAGAUAUGACUGAAAUUUAUGGUAUCUCUCCAACAAUCCAACACUAUGGGUGCAUGGUAGACCUGCUUGGGAGAGCAGGGCGCUUGAAAGAGGCUUAUGAGCUAAUUCAAAGGAUGCCCGUGAAGCCUGACGCUGCUAUAUGGCGUGCAUUGGCUGCGGCUUGCUUGGUGAGUGGUGAGCUUGACCUGGCCGAGGAUGCAGCAAAGCACUUGAUUGAGUUGAACUCCAGUCCUGAUGGAGGCGACUUCGUGCUGCUCUCUAAUGUGUAUGCCAGAUUGGGUAGAUGGGAAGAUGUAGCUUGGGCAAGAAAAGGGAUGGAACUCAAUGUGGGACACAAAACAGCUAGCUGCAGUUAUAUUGAGUUGAACAACAUUGUUCACGGGUUUCUUUCAGGAAAUGUGUCAAACCCAGAGUCUCAUAUGAUUACAGACAUGUUAUCUCAAAUGGCGGAGAAAGUUCUGUCUGAAACAUUGUAA